AUGGCUAGAGUAAUAUAGAAAAACCAAGAAUUAGAUUUAAUUUAAAUGAAUUCGCAAAAAUAAAAUUACUACAAUAGGAUUAUUUGGAAUGACAAUGAAAAUAGAAAAAUUUUAAACUCUGAGCAACACAAUUAAAUGUUUCAAUUAUAAAAUUAAAAUUUGCAAAAUGAAUUACCAUCGAUGAAUAAGCAACCUAGAAGAGAAUACAAUUUUAGACCAAAAAUAGCUAUCACUAACAAGCUUCCAGUUGAAUUUAGCUAAAACUCAAGAAAUAACUCAGUUUCUGCUUCCAAUUCUAAGGAACCUCAGCAUAGAAUAGGAAGUCAUGAUAAAGGCGGAAUAGUUCUAUCAUCAAGAGGUGAUUCAAAAAAUAUUGGUCGUUCGGAAUUAUAUCUUCAAGCAAUUUAGUCUGAUUCUUAGUUAUUAUAGGCUUCUAAAAUAAAUGAAAAAAAUUAAAGAGCUUUUUAUCAAUUUUCAGAAUAGAACGACAUCAACUAGCGUUAACUCUUAAAGUAAGUAGAAAGUUCAAAUAGCUAUUACGUUUAAGCACAACCAUCUUCCCUAGAUCAAAUUAGUAAAGCUAGGAAAAACCCACUCAAUCAGAGUGAGGGCAGCGCAGCAAAAGAUCAUUAAUUUGAAAAUAACAAUAACAAAAGGUAACCAUAAAGCGAUGCAAAUUUUGAUAAUUCUUAAAUUAACAAUAGCUGUUCUGCUCAUAAAUAUGAUCAACAAUACAAUUUGUAAUUUUAAAACAUGAGCCCUGAUAAAAAAUUCGGGUAAAAGAGCUAAUUCAGAUAGCUAGUUAAAUGUAUGCAUAACCAAGAAGUCUCAGGAAAUAACAACUAAUUGUAACAAUAAUAAAAUCAAAAUCAAUAACUUGAAUAACAAAAUUAAUAGUAGUCUGUGGAUAAUAAUAAUCAAUUUAAUUAUUUACACUCCUAAUAAAAUUACAAUAAUAACAAUAUUCACUCUGCAAAUAUAUAUAUCUAACCAGAAGAUCCAUAAGCAUAAGUCAAUUUAAUUUAACGGGAGGAAAAAAACAAAUCUAAAUCACAUUUAAAAACAAAUCAUUUUAAUUAAAUUUUAAAUAAUUCAAACUCACAACAAGCGUUGGUAUAUCCAAAGGGUAGCACAUAGUAAAAAGAUUUCGAUUUUCAGGCUCAUUAUUUUGAUCCAACUAAGUUGCAAUAGAAUAAUUAAUAGAAAAGUCUCAUAUAAAAAUAACAAACAUAAGUUGAAUAAUAAUAAAAGCCGCAAAAAUAUCAAGAAAACUUUUAAAGCUAUUAAAAUUUGUCUAGUUAAAAGCUAAGCAUUCAAAAUGAAAAAAAAUAAAAAAAUAUUUAAAGUGAUACUAACCUAAAAUAAGAAUAAUCCUAAUAGUAUUAUGUAAUGAAAUAUGCUUCUGUUAAUAAAGACCAAUAAGAAGUUAAAUAAAAAAACUCAGCUUCAGACAAAAGUAUCUCUUUGAAUAGCGAGCAUUCUGACAGUUAACUCAAUAUUCAUAAAAGAUAAAUGUAAAAUUAAGAGAGCGGAAUGUAGGUUAAUAGUGAUUUAUAUAAUUAGUACUAUAUGAAAUAGACAGCCUCAUCUAAUGGUAUUUAAAAUAGAAAAAGCAGCUUUAGAUAAAUUUAGUUGUAAAAUGAAACUUAAAUUAGUUCUAAUAGGAGCAGUAACUAAAGCAACUCUACUGAAAAGUGUAACAUGCAAAAGGAAUCUCAAUAAUCACACCAUAAUCAUAUAUAAUAUAGAAAAAAUUAGUUUCCUUAAUAGAGUCCUUUUAAUUCCUCUUAAAAUGAGUUGUACAAAGAAAAGAAAACAAGUCCAAUUAUUAUUGAUAAAAUUUCUGAUUAAGAUAAACAGAAUCAUAACAAGGGAAAUAUGAGCAAUAGAGAAAGUCAAAGGAAUGAAAGCGAUGAUUAAUAAGAGCUAAUGAAAUAAAAUCAAAAAGUUAGGAAAAGUUUUGAAAUUUAUGAUAUAAAUUAGUAAAGAUAUCUUAUAAAAAUGCAAAAAAAACAAAACUCAUAAAUAAAUUAACUUGACUAGAGUAAAUCUUAAUCAUCUUAAAAUAUUAAUCCUCAACAAUCUUCUUAAAAUUAGCUUUUCCAAAAAGCAAAUCUUUUUACAAAUAAAGUAACAGCAUCUUAACCUCAAAAACAAAAUGAAACUUACUUAGAAUAAUCAGAAUAGUAAGAAACGAUGUUAAAUAAUAUUAAUAAAACAGGAAAUACUGAGAACUUUAAAAAUAAAAAAUCAGAUUUAAUACCUUCAACUCAUUUUUUGAAAAAAAAUAUUUAAAUAUAGAGUCCUACUCAUUUUGAUUUAUCCCAAAAACCUUAAUCUGCAAAAGAAACUUACACAAAACAAUUUAAAUCCCCUAUUAUUGAAAAUUCAAAAUUUUCCAAUAUAAAGAGCGAAAAUGAGUAAGGCAACCCAAGAUCAUAACUCACUGAAUAAGAGAUUUUAAAGAUAUUUAGUCAAAAUAACAAAAAACAAGAGUAAAACUAUAAUUUUUUCAAUUAAAAAAAUAAACAUUGUUCAGAUAGAAUAUUAUCAGCUAAAACUCCACUAAACUAUGAAGCAUCUAAAAAUUAAUAAGGCGAAUAGCUUAUUUUUAACUUUUAAACUAGUGAAACAGAUAAUUUAGAUACUUAAUAAAAAUAAAAAUCCUCAAAACUAACUUUACUUAAGGGAGUCUCCUUGCAGUAAUUAAAAUAAUUAUCUCAAUAAAAUACACCUAGUAAUAAGAAUGAAGAUUUCACUGAUAAUUUCACUAGCAAAGUGCAGUAAUUAGAAUAAUAGUAAUCUAAUUAAACAAAUUAACAGCAAAAUUUAGAAGAAAUAAUUACAAAUACAAAUAUACCAAAUCAUCCAACAUCGAAUUUUUAUAAUAUAUUGGAUUAAAAAAGUAAAUUUAGCUAAAUGAGAGAUGAUUCAAGAUUCUAAGCAUUUAAAUUAAAAAUCGAGUAAUUUUAAUCUCAAUUUAAUUUAAAAACUAACUCAACAAAUAGUGACAUGUCUCCUGUAGAAAAUUUAAUAAAAUUAUCAAACAGAGGAAAUAAAAAGAUUUUGAUUUAAUAAAAUUACCCUAGCCAUCAUCGGAACUAAAUUUAAAAUCAACAGCAAUAAUAGCAUUCACAUUUAUAAUAAAAUAAAUAAAGUUUAUCAACAAAUAGCUUUUCUUCUAAUUUGUAAAAUUUCAAAUAUGAUAUAGUUUAAAAAUAGCUUCAAUCUGUUUAGAAAAAUAUGGAAGAUUGCAAUACCCCAUAAAAUAAAUAAGAAAACUCUAAUUACUAUUUUAAUAAUAAAUUCUAAAAUUAAUUAAAUUUAUCUAAGAAUUAAAAACCCUCCACUGAUGAGUUUUUAGAUUCAAAGGCGGUUGUUGUAAUAAACAAAAAGCCCAGAAGCGACAUUAUUCCUUAAUCGCCAUCUAUAAACUUAGAAAAAUAGUCUUGCUCUAUCAUCCAAUGCAAUUCUAACUAUAACAGCCCAAAAUACCAUUCAGAAAAAGGCUCCUUUACAGAUUUGAUAAAUAAAUAGAAUAUUUAAGAAUAAAAUUAAAAAAGUUCCAAUGAAAAUGUUAAUUUUAGUAACAACAAUUUAUCUAACGAUUCUUAAACCUAUUUGUCUAAUUAAAAACUAAAAUAAAGAGCUUUCAGCUCACAUAAUAAUUUAUCGAUACAUUCAAGCAAUAAGAAAACUUCUCUAGAAAAUUCAAUUUUAUAAUAAGAUUCGUCUACUAAUAAAAAUAGCUUCAAGAAGAAAACUAAAAGUAUGUAAUCAUAUGGUAAUGAUAUUGUAAAAAGCGAACAAUUAGAAAAUAUCUCUAGCCAUGAUGAAAUUAAUAAUAUAUAAUAGCAUAAUAGCAAAAGUGCAAAUUAUUUCACUCACAUUAAAAAUCUCUCUUACAAAAAUGAAGACUUGUUAACAAUAAAAUAGCUGCAAGAAGGUAACUCUUAAUAGAUUAAUGAUAUAAAUUAAGAUAGAUCUAACAGUAUAAUUUAACAAUUUUAAAACAAAUCAUUUAAUACACAAAGCCCAAAUCAAAAACUAAUUAGUUCAUAAUUGAGUAAAUUCUAAAAUUUUACAAACAGCAUCUAUAACUUUAAAGAGACAAACUUACAGCAAUUAGCAAAUAGCAACGGAUUAAAUUCAAGUUAAAAGACAGAUGAUAAAUAAAUUAGUUUUAGGAAAACUGUUUAUUAGUUAAACAAUAAUAUAAAUCAAUAAUGGUAAAAUAUUGAUAGUAAGUAGACUUAAGAUGAAGUUGAAGUAGAUAAUACAAAUUUAAAUUUAAAAAAUAUUUCAAAAACAGAUCAAUAAAACGAGAACUAAAAUGAAAAUUAAAUAAUAACAAGUGACUAAAAUACUCCGAAAUCUCCUAAAAAGCUUCUAACUCCUCUGAAUUAAUAAAAUAGUUCAUAAAAUAACUAUGAAUUAUCAAAAUUCAAUAGUCCUGACAGCAAAAUUCUAAAAAGAAAUAGUUUUACAAUAAAACAAUAGGUGUUUACACCAUAACAACAAUCUAGAUAGAGAGAAAAUUUAGAUAGUAUAAAUAUAAAAACUGGAUACAAACACACUUACUCAAACAGUUAGUCUCCUUUAAGUGAAAAUUUUUUUUCAAAAGAGAUUUAGCAAAAUAGUAAAAGUAAAUUUUAAAUUAAGUUAAAUUUAUUAGAUAAAGAGAGCAGUAAACUAUUCACUAAUUUUUUUGCAAAUUAACAUAAAACUCAAGUUCAUCAAAACUCAAAAAGUGAGCUGAAUGUUAAUAAAUUACCUAAUUCAGCAAGGAAUUUUGAGUCUGAUAAUUAAAUUCAAUUGAAUAAAAUAAGAAUAAAUGAACUAAUUACUGUAAAAUAAAUAUCAAAUCAUAUCAAGAAAGUAGUUCACGUUCCAAGCCUUAACGUCUAUAUACUUAGAUCUAUUGAAAUAAAUUCUUAAAACAGAACUAUAAUGACAUAAAAAAUAGCAGAUUAUAAAAGUUUAUCAGAAAAGUAUCCAUUUCUAUUAAACCAAAUAGUUUAAGUAUUUUAUAAUACACCAGAAAGCCAUAUUUCAAUUUUAUCUGAGUACUAACCCCUCUAGAGUUUAAAAAAAGUUACUAACUGCUUUUGUACUAUAAAUGAAAGAAGUCUUCAACAAAUUGUAAUUGAACUCUUAACAAAACUUCAAAAUGUUGAUGAAAAAGAAUACCAACAUAUUCAUAUUAAUUUUGACAAUAUUUUAUUUGAUAAAUAAGCUCAUGUUAAAAUAGAUUGCUCCUCUAGAGAGAAGUAAACUCAUCAAAAAGAUGAGUUGCUUAAAAUUCUCAAAAAAAUUUCUAUUAAAAGUUAAUAAGAAGAUAGCAAUUAAGAUACCAAAAGAUCAAGUUAUUCAAAAUAAUCAUCAACAGCAACUUCAUUUUAAAACUCAAAUGUAUUAUCUUAGAAAGAUAAUAAAAAUGAUAAGAACACUAAUAAACAUCAUUCACUACCUGUUUCUUUAGCUAUUCUUUUAAUGGAAGCAGCUAUAGGAGAAGAUAUUUUAUAUGACUAUAGUUCGUUUUAAUUUAGUUCUUUCGCUUCAUAAGAUCUUAAAAAGGAAACUGAAUAUUGCUGCUUUCUUCAUAGCAUUUUAAACAAGGAGAAUAUACUUUAUAAUGAUCAAUAAUCUCUCCUCAUUAAGAAAAUGCUUACCUUGUAAUAUACUACUAAUUUUAUAGACUUCCUUUGCUAAUGCUUUUAAAACGUCUCAAUAAAUAAACUUUCUAACCAUCUUUUUGUUAAAGAAGCAACUAAUUAAAAGUUUACAUCAAUUAACGAACUCAUUCCCAUAUCUUUAAAAUAUGAAUCAGAAUAAGAAGUAGAUAGUUAAAAAAGACUAGAUUAAAUUUUAUCUUCCCUAUCUGACUCUAUUCCUAAUUUUUCUUCAUCACUUCAUACAAUGAAAGUAGCCAAAUAAAGUUUAAAAGAAAGCCAUCCUUUUGUAGAUAUGCUAUAAAAAGACUUAGGGCUUGCAGCUUGGAAUAUAUUAAGCUAAUUAAAAAAAGCAUAUGAUCUUUCUUUAGCUAUUUGA